GUCAGAGACCGUUAAGUAGCGAUGUAUUCUCCAAGAAGCCAAUCCACCCUUUGCAACCACGCACACCAUCCACCAUGAGCCCUCACAAAGUCGAAGUUCUUCCCUCUGCAGCUGCCCUGCCAUCGUACGGCAUCUCAAAAAAUGGCUUCUUGCCUGCAAGUGCGCCGCUGACCCGCCUACCGAACGAUUACUACCAACCGUGGGAAUCUAUCAUCGAAGUAUUGCCCACUCUCAUCGAGACACAACACGUUCGCCGACGAGUUGACGAACUGCCUGUUCUCGAUACAAGAUAUCUCGGGACUGAGGCAGAAUGGCAACGAGCAUACUCAAUGCUGGCAGUCAUUACCCAAGGCUACAUAUGGCAAGGGCCAGAGCCAUCAGAACGCUUACCCCCUGCCAUCUCCGUUCCCUUCUUGAAAGCAGCUGAGCGCCUCGAGGUGCACCCGGUAGCGACAUACGCAGCACUGAACCUCUGGAACUGGAGGCCACUCGAGAAGGGUGCCAAUCUUACUCAACCGGAUAAUUUGGUAGCGCUACACACAGCCACAGGGACCGAUGACGAGUCAUGGUUCCUCAUCAUCUCGAACGCCAUGGAAGCCAGGGCAGGGCCGUUACUCCACAUCAUGCUGGCAGCUAUGGAGGCAGUCGACCAUGACGAUGUUCCUGCAAUCAUCUCUGGGUUGAGAUACUUUACCGAGAGCAUGCAGGAUAUCGGCAGAUUACUGGAGCGUAUGGACGAGCGUUGCAACCCGCAGAAAUUUUACUACACCAUUCGGCCACUCUUGGCUGGUAGCAUGAACAUGGAGGCUGCUGGUUUGUUGAACGGUGUCUUCUACGAUGAAGGCAAUGGCAAGGGACAGUGGAGGAAGUACCGUGGUGGUAGCAACGGACAAAGUUCGCUCUUGCAGUUUUUCGAUGCCGCGCUUUCAGUCAACCACUCUCGAUGUGGUAACUUCCACGCUGAGAUGCGCAACUACAUGCCUGGCCCACACAAGAGGUUCUUGGACGAAAUUGAGUCCAUCGCAAACAUUCGCAGCUAUGUUGACUCGCACCAAGACGAUACCGAACUUCUGGAGGCUUACAACGAGGCUGUCGCCGCGCUGAGUCGAUUCCGAGACAUCCACAUCGCUCUUGUUACGAGGUACAUUAUCAUUCCUGCCCGUCAGGGUAGGCCAGCACAAUUCUCGAACCGCAAGGACAUCGCAUCUAUGAGCACCAAAAUGGCGUCAGAAAAGCCGCAGACGCAGGAGUUAGUCGGCACUGGUGGAACCAAGCUCAUUCCGUUCCUGCGCACAUCUAGAGACGAGACGAACGAGGCUACCGUCUCGUGAGGCGUCGUCAUCUGGGACCACAUGAGAGGUCAUGUGCAAUAGCACGAGCCGCCACGUGUGACAAGACGAUCUGCUCGUGGCUGGACGUUAUA